AUGGACUUGGAAGUGUAUAAUAAUCUCAUUAAUUAUUUAUUAUUUCAUAAAUAUCCAGAAAAUUUUAUAACAAGUGACAAACAAAGAUUAGCAAGGCAAGUGACACAAUAUUUGAUAGAACAAGGGCAAUUAUUAAAGAAAAACAAAAACAAUUUUGAUAAACCGUUACGAUUUAAUGAUAAGAAAAAUUAUUCUAUUUUAACUUAUGAAGAGGCUUUGGAACGAAGAAUCAGUUCUUUAAUAGAAACCUUCACUGACGCACUCAUAAUCUCCUCAAGAAAUGUAACAAGUGCACAAGAGUUACAAAAGGAAAGGCAAAAAUAUUUGGUUAAAGCUCACGAAUAUAUUGAUGAUGCAUAUAAUGCUGAAGUUGACCUUGACCUCGAAUUAUAUGAUAAAGGAGAAAUUUUAUCUCUUUUAAGACAAGAAGUCCAACAAAUAACCAGUCAAAAUGGUGCUCAAUUCUUAACUGUUGCGAAUAGA